UCGGGGGUGCGGCUAAGAAGUAAGGACUCGUGCUUGAAUUUGAAUUCGGCCGACAAUUUCAAACAUUAGUGUCGCUUCAACCAGGAACAUUGGUUGUUAAAAAAAGUUAUUUACCAUAGAUUACCAUAGAUUCUGUUCUGGUCGUGUGUCCGUCUGCCUAUUCGACACUAACCUUAAAUCGCCGCUGCAGUGCUUGUAAGGUUAGCUAGUGUCAUCGCUGUGGGAAGAGCUACUGUACAUUGAGUACACUUGCAAUGAAAGCCGGUGCAGUCCACUGCCAUUGCUCAAAAUGCUAUUCCAUCCCGGUUCGAAAGAGGGUCCGCUUGCGCACGCCGAAUGUCACCUUGCUGAGCCUUCCCGAGGAGGUCCUCCUAUGUGUCCUCCAGUGUCUCUCCGCUGAUGACUUACUGUCUGUCAGAGCUGUUCAUUCCCAGCUGCGUGACGUUGUUGACAACCACCCCAGUGUUUGGGCCAGGGUCAGCUUCAGAGACACUUGGCCCUCACCUGACAAUUUAUGGUUAUUUGAAAGAGCUGCAGAAAAAGGGAAUUUUGAAGCAGCUGUGAAGUUAGGGAUCGCUUAUUUGUACAACGAAGGACCGCUGCUGAGCGAUGAGGGCCGGGCGGACCUAUGCGGAAGGAAAGCCUCACACUUCUUCAGCCUGGCUGAGGGCCUACGCUCUCCUGCCGCCGAGCCCUUCACCUGGCUGUUCAUCCGCCCACCGUGGUCGCCCACCGGGAGCUGCUGCAAGGCGGUGGUGUUUGACCGCCUCAAGACCAAGUGCGACGACAACGUGGAGAAAAGGGGCCCCCUGUUGCACUGCUUGGCAAGAGUCUUGCAGCUCUUUGAGGAGGGCGAUGUGCGCCGCGAAGCCAUAUCCAUGUUGGAAGAGUCUUCACGGGCGGGCUGUUUGCAGAGCUCCUAUCUUUUAUGGGAGCACAACCGUAAAGCUGCUAUGUCGGAUCCAGGCAGGUACCUCCAGUGUGUUCGAACCCUCAGGGACUACGCCGGGAGAGGAUGCUGGGAGGCGCAGCUCUCCUUGGCCAGAGUGUGCAGCAGCGGCAAUCCGCUGGGCUUGGAGGCCAAGGCUUGCUCUGACUUGGUGGCCCAGCUUUUCAACUCCCCCCAGCAGGCGGCACAGGACGGCAAUCACAGUAUCCUCAAGCGAGGCAUCAAGGACACCAUGAGGUACAUCCUAGUGGACUGGCUGGUGGAGGUGACCACCAUGAAGGACUUCUCCAGCCUGAUGCUGCACGUGACGGUGGGAUGUGUGGACCGCUACUUGGCUCUGCGCUCCGUCCCCAAAGUUCGCCUUCAGCUGCUGGGGAUCGCUUGCAUGGUGGUUUGCACACGCUACAUCAGUAAGGACAUCCUGACCAUAAGGGAAGCCGUGUGGCUCACAGACAACACCUACAAGUAUGAAGACCUGGUCCGAAUGAUGGGAGAGGUGGUGUCGGUGCUGCAAGGGAAGAUCCGGAGCCCCACGCUGCUUGAUUACGGCGAGGUGCUGCUGUCGCUUCUGCCUCUGGAGCGGCGGACCACUCACCUCUUCAGUUACAUCUGCGAGCUGUCCCUGCUCCACUCGGCCCUCGUCACGCCGCCUCCCGCCAAGCUGGCCUGCGCCGUGCUGCUGCUGACGAGAGUGCUGCAUCACUACGCUCCCGUCUGGCCCAGCCAGCUCGUGGACUACACUGGCUUCUCCAAGCAGGACCUCACCCAGCUGGCUGUGAUGCUUUAUGUCAAAUGUUUCAGUCAGGAGGCUCCCAAAGACUACAGACUGGUGUCUCUUACUGGCGUAAAGCAGCGGUUCGAGGACGAUAUCUACCAGCACAUCAGCAGGGAGAAGGUGAUGGAUUAUAAAGAGCUAUGUCAGAUUCUUGAGAUCCCCGAGGUGGAGCCUCAGGUGGAGCCUCCCAGUCCUGUUGGCCAACCAGCAGACAUCCACGCCUUCCUCGCUUCCCCAUCCAGGACCAGUAAAAGGAGGCGCAAUGACGGCACGCACGCCGACAGAGGCAGCCGUGUGACCACGCCCACUGCAGAGCUUUCCAAUCAGGAAGAGACGCUGCUGGACAACAUCCUGGACUGGAGUCUGGACACUUCCUCAUCCGGCUACGAGGGCGAUCAAGAGGAGAGUGAGGGCGAGAAAGAUGGCGAUUUUUCGGUGAUAUCCAUCCAGCUGGACCCCGUCAGCGAGGCAGACAGCGGACGAGAACACUGCCGCGCUCUGUCCAGCGACGAGGACAGCUUCAGCGAGGCGGACAGGGGGGAACACAAGCAAGACCCGGAUGCCUUUUGCUACACUUCGGGCUACUCGUCGGUGCAGAGUGUCAGUCCGUCGUCCACGUGCUCCUCCUCCUCGUCCUCGCUUGUCCCGUGUUCUCUCAAGACUUUUACCGCUUCCUCCGCCUCUGCUCAUUCCCAGCCGGGCUUCCGCCUUUUGGUGCCCAUGCAGAGGCCUCGCGGCCACUCCAGCAAGCCAGUCAAGAGGAAGAACUCUGCUGCGCAUAGUGGCGGCGAGGCAGGAGAAGAGGAAGAAGAAGAAGAAGAGGAGGGAGAGGUGGGGGAAGAUGAGCAGUAUUCAGCCAAAGUUGGUUUUCGGAUUCUAUAGACACUUGACCACUUCCUCAGUUAUUAUCCUACAGCAGCACUUUUUCCCCCCUCAUCCUCUGUAAAGUGGGCCGUUUGUGCUUAUGAUGUGAGGUUAAAGAUAAGGGAAAUUAUGUGAAAGGUUCUGUAGAAUGGCAUCAAGUACACAAACAAUCCUAAUGUGGACCACAUCCUACCUAACCCAGGCCUAAAUCUUGCUAGCGGUUUUAUCACUAGCAGCUCGUAUUGCCGUUUACACCACUCAGUGCUGCAAAAAAUUAGUCAAAUGGUGCGACUCAGGACGUCCAGCAGGAAACCUUGGAAAAUAGAUGCUUUUUUUUUUUUUUUGUAUGCACUGUCCGUACAAGCCUGCCUUGUAUUUGCUGGAUGGCAGCUGAGCACUGAACUUGUAUGCCAAAGGUACUGCGGUGUUACCAUUACUAGUUUUCUGUCCGCUUAUUGAUUUCUCAUCCAAACCAAAUGCCACGUAUUUAUUUUUCAUAAAAACAACUCUGGUAUCACCACCAGAGUGAAGUGGAAGAUAUAAGCAUUUGAUGUGUUGUUUUGUACGUAUGACCUGACACUGCCUCCAUGUCAGAAAAGUUCACACAGCAAAAGGGAACAAAUGAUGUGCUUUUGUGUUUUUUUUUAUGCCUUACAUGAGCACAUCAGGGCAACACUACUGCAGAUGAAUGAGAAAAUCACAUGAAAGCAGUUCACCUGCUUUGCUGUGUUCAUGUACAUGCAUAGUACUUUUAUGUAUGGUAAUGUACAUAGUACUGUUAUGUCGAACAAACAUGCCACUACUUACUUGAAAUUUUUUAAUUUACCAUUUCACAUUAGGGUGUGUGUUUUUUUUUCUACAGUCUGAAUUUCCCCUUGACCCACUUGUGAUGUCACAGAGUCCUGUCCAAAGCCUUUUUCAAA